AUGUUGCUGCUGUCGCUGCCUCAUUUUGUAGUUUGAUUGACAGCGGCGCUCGGAGCCCGGAGCGCGCGGCUCCGAUUGACGGCGGCCUCUCGCCUCUUUUUGUCAAAGUUGGCAGUUGGUGGUUUGAGGGAGAAAUCAUGGAGGAGGAAUAAUUACGACAACCCCUGAAUCCAAACUCAUCCGUGACUCCGAACAGCUAUGGGGCUGGGCGUCCGUCUGUACAUGUAAACGUGUGAGGAGGAGAAAAGUUUUUUUUGAAGGUGAACAAAAGUUGUCUGGCACAAUUACUUAGAGUUCUCCAUAGGCGGCGAUUCGUUCUGAGGACACUUGAAAGGGGGCGAAAUAAAAAAAAGUGCAUAUUUAUUUCCAUUUCUGUUUUGGGCGAUGGAGAGAGUCGGUGUGAAGAUGUGCCGGUGCCGGAACGUGCAGCUUUCCCUCAGCGUUUGAGCGGCCACCUCGAGGAUAUUUAACAGCCGUUUACCUUGAAGCGGCUGAAUUUCCGGAUUUUUUUUAUUGGAAGAUUUCUUGCUUUGGCUUAGAGACACUGUUCAACUUCUGAGGAAUAAUGACUUCCUACGUGGAUCAGCUUUUCAAACAGGUCUUGAUGAAGAAGCCUUCAGAAAGAAGCCAGCAGGAUUUAGAAAUUAUAUAUUCUCACCUCCAUGGCAUGGAUGUGCUGUCUAAUUUGAGGGAGCAUCAGCUCAGAUUGAUGUGCACAAUGGUACGAUAUGAAAAGCAUGAUGCCAAUGAGGUCUUAUUUUAUCCUGAUAGUGUUGCAACUUGCUGGUACAUCCUCCUUUCAGGAUCUGUAUUUAUCAAAGAAUCGAUGUUUUUGCCACGUUGCAGUUUUGGCAAGCAGACUGCUGGAAGCUUAAGACGAGGCUGUGAAUGUAUCGUUUUAGAGACUUCAGAAAUGAUUGUGGUUGAAAAUGUCAGUGAGAAUGAAGAGAAAAAUCUACAGAGGGAAGUCACCAACCGACAGUCUCGUCGGCGCUUCAGGAAGAUCAACUCGAAAGGAGAGCGGCAAACAAUCACAGACAAUGUGGAUUCCUACCACACUGACCGACCUCAUCAGACCAGCACUUAUCACAUGCUUCCUGCAGAUCUUUCCAAGAUGCACCUCACAGACAAUCCACACCCACAGGUGACACAUGUCCCUUCCAGCCAGUCCGGGUGCAGUAUUGCCAGUGACUCUGGGAGCAGCAGCCUGUCGGAUAUCUAUCAGGCUACAGAGAGUGAAAUGGGGGAUGUGGAUCUUACAGGUCUUCCUGAAACAGCUGUGGAUUCUGAAGAAGAGGAAGAAGAUGAAGAAGAUAUUGAUCGAGCAUCUGAUCCACUGAUGGGCAGGGAUGUCGUUAGAGAGUGUUUGGAGAAGGAUCCAGCAGACCGAACUGACGAUGAUAUUGAACAAUUGCUGGAGUUUAUGCAUCAGCUCCCUGCUUUUGCCAACAUGACUAUGUUUGUCAGACGUGAACUGUGCUCAGUCAUGAUCUUUGAAGUAGUAGAACAUGCAGGAGCAAUAAUAACUGAUGAUGGAAAAGAGUUGGAGUCCUGGUAUGUUAUUCUAAAUGGCUCAGUGGAAAUCACCGAUCCUCAUGGAAGAACUGAAACACUUUGCAUGGGGAACAGUUUUGGUAUUUCCCCAUCUUUAGAGAAACAAUAUAUGAAGGGAAUUGUUAGGACGAAAACAGAUGAUUGUCAGUUUGUAAGCAUAGCUCAGCAGGACUACUGCAGGAUUCUGAAUCAAGUGGAGAGGAACACUCACAAAGUUGAGGAGGAAGGGGAGAUAGUCAUGGUGAAAGAACAUAGAGAAUUGGACCGUAGUGGAACAAGGAAAGGACACAUUGUUAUAAAGGGAACACCAGACAGACUUAUUAGGCAUCUGGUUGAAGAGCACUCCAUCGUGGAUCCCACAUACAUAGAGGAUUUCUUAUUAACAUGUAGAACAUUUCUGUCAAGCCCCAUGGAAGUUGGAGAAAAAUUACUGGAGUGGUUUCAAAUUGAUAGCCUUCGGGACAAGGUUACGCGAGUUGUGCUGUUGUGGGUGAACAAUCACUUCAAUGAUUUUGAAGGGGAUCCUGCCAUGACCAAUUUUCUAGAGGAGUUUGAAAAUAAGUUAGAAACUGCAAAAAUGAAAGGGCAUCUCAGGUUGUUAAAUAUUGCGUGUGCUGCUAAAGCCAAAUGGAGGCAGAUAACUUUGUUAAAGCCUUCAAGAGAAUCCCCAUUGUAUUUCACUUUGCUUGGUGGCAGUGAGAGAGGAUUUGGUAUUUUUGUGGAAAGCGUGGAGGCAGGCAGUAAAGCUGCUGAGGCUGGUAUCAAGCGAGGAGACCAGAUUAUGGAAGUAAAUGGGCAGAACUUUGAGAAUAUACAGUUCACAAAAGCGCAAGAUAUUCUGAGAACUAACACACAUCUGUCUAUCACUGUGAAGACCAACAUUUUUGUUUUUAAGGAGUUAUUAAAUAGGUUAAUUCAGGAGAAAAAAAACGGGGCUCCUCACAUGCCUAAGAUUGCAGAGAAAAAGGGGAAUCGUUACUCGCAUCCAGAUUUGCACAGAGAUAUGGAACAAAUGUUUCCUUCCGAGAAGGGUAACAAGAAGAUGAAAGCAAACACAGUAUCAGGUGGUCGCAACAAAAUCCGGAAAAUACUUGACAAAACACGUUUCAGCAUCUUGCCACCAAAGCCAUUCAGUGAUGCUGGUGUGAGCCAGUCGCAGGAUGAUAGCAUCGUUGGAACAAGGCAGUUUAGGCACAGUGUUGCUGUAAUGCCUUUCACUGGAACGCUUUCGUCGAGUAGUCCUGACCUGUUGCAACCUGCUACUAGUCUGCUUGAUUUCACAAAUCCUACAGUUGCAGGUUUUUAUAACAUACCAGAUCAAGUCAUCCGAGUCUUUAAAGCCGAUCAGCAAAGUUGUUACAUCAUCAUCAGCAAAGAUACAACUGCAAAAGAAGUUGUUGCCCAUUCUGUCCAUGAAUUUGGACUGGCUGCACCACCUGAAACUUACUCACUCUGUGAGGUUUCUAUAAGCCCUGAAGGUGUCAUCAAGCAAAGGAGACUGCCUGAUCAAUUAUCUAAACUGGCUGAUCGAAUCCAACUGAAUGGCAGAUACUAUCUGAAGAAUAAUAUGGAAACAGAAACUCUUUGCUCAGAUGAAGAUGCGCAGGAAUUAUUAAGGGAAAGCCAAAUAUGUCUGCUGCAACUCAGCACCAUUGAGGUAGCAACUCAACUAUCAAUGCGUGACUUUGAAUUGUUCCGUAACAUUGAACCAACUGAAUAUAUAGAUGACCUGUUCAGAAGAGAGUCAAAAACAGGAAACGUACAUCUCAAGCAAUUUGAGGAUAUUAUCAAUCAGGAAACAUUCUGGGUUGCCACUGAGAUUUUGAAGGAAACUGUUCAGUGGAAAAGGGUGAAGAUAAUUAAACAUUUCAUCAAAAUUGCCCUCCACUGCAGAGAAUGCAAGAACUUCAAUUCCAUGUUUGCAAUCAUCAGUGGGCUAAAUCUUGCACCAGUUGCACGCCUGAGAAGCACUUGGGAAAAACUGCCAAGCAAGUAUGAGAAGCUACUCCGGGACCUUCAAGAUCUCUUUGAUCCUUCGAGAAACAUGGCAAAAUAUAGAAAUGUUCUUAGUAGCCAGAGUCUACAGCCUCCCAUCAUUCCACUGUUCCCAGUAGUCAAAAAAGAUCUCACUUUCCUGCACGAAGGAAAUGAUUCCAAAGUUGAAGGUUUGGCAAACUUUGAGAAACUACGGAUGAUUGCAAAGGAGAUUCGACAUGUUGUCCGUAUGACUUCUGUAAACAUGGAUCCUGCUGUAAUGUUCAGAAAUAGGAAGAAGAGAUGGAGGAGUUUGGGGUCAUUAAGUCAAGGCAGCACAAAUUCCAACAUGCUAGAAUCAGUACAAGGUGGGGGCCACAAGAAGCGAGUACGCCGGAGCUCUCUGCUCAAUGCCAAGAAGCUUUACGAGGAUGCCCAGAUGGCUCGGAAGGUGAAACAGUAUCUCUCGAACUUAAAUGUUGAGACUGAUGAAGAGAAAAUCCAAAUAAUGUCACUGCAGUGUGAGCCUGCCUAUAGCACGUUAAGCAAAACAUUUGGUGAAAGACGAUCAUAUAAAAGCUCAGAUAUGUCUCCAAUGACUAUGAGGUCAUGUGGUCAACCAGGAAAACACCAGUCACAACAGCGAGUGAGUCAAGCCCUGCAAGUACCAUCUUUGUACCCAUCGCGGAAGAAAGUAUCAGCUGCAUCGUUUGGCACUAAUUCUCCUCAGUCCUCCAAAAAGCCUCUAAUAGUGUCUGAGGAAGUGCAAACGGAUAGAAGCAAGAAAAGCACGGAAGAUGCGGUGUCAACAACAUCAUCUCAACUUUCAUCUCCUCCUGUAUCUCCUCAGAGCUCUCCCCGGAAAGCUUUGGCUCUGGCUCCUAUUACAAGAGUCGACAAUUUCUCGGACUCAAGUCACAGUGAAAUUUCAUCACGAUCCAGCAUUGUCAGCAACUGCUCGGGUGACUCCAUGUGUGCUGUUCUACAGGAUGAAAGAUGUUUACCACAAUCUCUCAGUGUCCCAGAUAACGUGGAAGCAACUGGAGGGAAAAAUGUGCAUCCAGCAACCAGAUCUGCACAACCUUACCCAAGUUCUUCUGUAAUUUUAAGUACUGAAAAGCGAGGGUGCCUGGUUAUGGAUUCAGCAGUCACAUCUUCAAGUAAUGAAGAGUUGGCCCGCGAACACAAUGAUCACAACUCAAUUGAUGCAGCGGACAGUGGCCGUGGAAGCUGGACUUCCUGCUCCAGCAUCUCCCAUGACAGCUUCCAGACAAUCCAAAAUCAGAAAAGUUGGGACCUACUAAAUGCAUCUAAAUAUAAUCAUACUUUAGAUGGACCAAUUGCAGAAACUGAACUGACACAAUCUUGGACCACAGGCUCUCACUUAAACUCUGGAGACCUGACUAAAAGUACUUGUCCGAUUCAGUCUAAAGACACCAUUGAAUAUGUUCAUUCCAGGGAAAGCUGGACACCUUCAACAAAUUCUCACUUGGACAAGUUUGAAAUGGAUUGUGGGACUGCAAAACGAAUAGACUUGCACGAGACUACAGUUGAAGCAUCUGGGCGCAAUGCAAGUGUUUCAAACUCUAAGUCAAACACUGAUCCCUCUUACAAAGCUGUUACUUCAACCACAGAAAAGGGUCUUAUUGUGUAUUGUGUUACUGCAGCACAAAGGGAUGGCAGGUACAGAGAGCCACCACCCACUCCUCCAGGAUACGUGGGAAUUCCGAUAGCAGACAUUAAGGAAGGAGGACAUCACCAUCCACGCUUAAAACCCCCGGACUAUAAUGUGGCAUUGCAGAGGUCACGGAUGAUAACACAGACAUGUGACCCAGCUAGACUACUAUCGGUUCCCAUUGCUAACCAACCAACAUCAAGCAACCAGCCCAAAGCUCUGGGCCUACCUCACUGGCACAAAAUCUCUGAAUCCGACCCCAGAUUAGUACAGCUUAACCAUCAGGAUCUUCAAGAUAACGAAGAUGAUGAAGAUGAGCAAGUUUCUGCAGUUUGACCCUUGGAACGUUUCAGGUUACCACCAUGACGUGGAACACAGGACUCCUAAAGAUUGCAUACUUUUUUUUCCAGAAUGAAGGCAGCUGUUUUGUUUUCCAUUCUUUCUGCCUUAAAGUGCAUCUUCAAUGUGUGAUGUGCUGCAUGCGGCAAGACCAGGAGGAUCUGACCACGUUGUCUUUGAGUAGUUUUUAAAUCAAAUAUUCUUCAGUUUUCCAGGCUUGUAAAGCAGCACUCUAUCUGAAGUAUAGUACUUGAUAAAAUUAUUCUUGCCAAAUUGUUUUUAAUCUUGGAAGUAUUAGAUGUUAGACUGCAAGAUUGUCUUAAUAAAUGAAUUGAAUUGUAUUGUACUUUAUCGCUAAUGCAUAAUUGGAAUGUAAACACAUUAUACAAAUAACUAGACUGCUUUGGGUUGACAACUGCAAAUCAUAUAUUGUUUUAAAUUAUGAAUUGCACCAAAAAUGGUGUAUAACAUUUCUCUUGAAUGUGUUUAUACCAUUUAGGUGAUUCAGAUUAGAUUAGUUCCUAUUCAAUUUUAAUGGAAGCUUCAUUGACAUAUGUUUUAAUACUGUAUUGGCAUAGGUUUUAAGGGGUUCAUGCAAGUGUGUGAUGAAGGCCAAUCAUUUCACCUAUUAAUGAUUUUAUGAACUAUUCUUCUCCAAUUUGAUGGCUGACAGGAGGGAUCUGCACAAGUGUUUAGUUUUGUCCUUUGAGACGCUGGCCUGUGAAAAAAGGCUGUGCAUCUUUUCCAGGUCAUUAAUGGCAAAUGGAGGCCCCCACAAGUUUCCCAUCAUCACAUCUACCAUUCCCGUUCCCUAUCUUGUCCAACAUGCUCCCAGUAUUUUCUACUCUGCCACCCCAAGGUCAGCCAACAUGAAGUUUCGGGUUUAUCUGAAGGCCCAUGUCCAUCAAUGAACAAUGAACACCUUUUCCUGAGCUGUGAUGUUGUUCUGGCAGUGGUCACAGUACCUGGCAGAAAAUGUAAAAAGAGAUGACUUGGCCAGGUGGAAGUUGAUGCACAUGCAGCGUUUAUGCCAAGAUGCAAGGAGUCUACCCUUAAUAGCACAUCUUUUUUUUUACAUGAAGCCCUAUUUGGUAAAUAUUCUUGUUGCUUGAAGUGCCUGUGCAGUAGAAGAGCAGAAUAUGACAUCUGGUGGCAUAAAUUCAUGCAUGUGCUUCUCAGAUGCUGUGCACAUACAUAUGAGUGGAAUCUGUCUGGAUUAAGCCCCUGUUUUGCAUUAAACCAAAGACAGAUGAAGAUAGCCCACUUAGAGCUGCAGAAGUGGCUUGUGUGGCACUGCAUCAAAUCAGUGGCAUAUCAGUUCACUGUCCAAGCUAUGCUUCAGAUUUGCUGAUUAUUGAAAAUGUUGUGUUGUGUAACUGCUUAACAAGUUAUUUAAAAUAUAUCAGUAUUUGCUUGGGCCUUUGUACACACAGGAAAUCUUUUCAAUUGCUGAGUGUACAGUUUAACUUGUAGUUUAUUUUUAACCAUACAAAUUUGUUUUUUGUACUAAGUGAUCAAUCCCACUUUUUCUAUUUGACAGUCAAUACAGAAAAAAAUUGUCCCCAGAAUUAACACUUUCAGGCAUCCAGAAACUAGCUUUUAAUUACUUAUUAGAUGGUCUAGUUAUUUGUAUAUGAUCGUAUAUGUAACUGGAAAAACUUUAUUUUCGUCACAAGAAACCUCUUACAUUGGCUAAUAACUAGUAGUGUAAUAAGAUUACUUGAUAUUUCUAAACAGAAUCAUUUCACUGUGGCAUUGACUUCACACCUUAUUUGGUGAGAAAAGUUUACAAGGCGAGCAAGUUCAAUUUAUUAUACUUAAUUAUUUUUGCCAGAAUUAAUUUGUCUCCCAGAUUGUGAUAGGCCAUCAGUUAUGGUCAGGAUAUUUUGGGAACAGUACCUUGUGCCUUCAUUUAAUAGUAGGGGCAGCAAGGUUUUUGAAACCAAGUAGUAAAUUAAAACAAGUACAGUAUUAUGAUUACCAGAAAUUUCCUCCUGAAAAGACUAAUAUGGUUCCUGCCUCUGAAUUGUAAAUAAGUGGAGAUAUAAAAAGAUAAAACUAUAUCCUGAUUAGUUUUCCUUAUAUUCAGAUUACAGUGUGGCCAGCAUCUGCUUGUCCUAACCUGUGACUGUUUGGAAAUUUAGCUGAUCAUAUUGAUCAGUUUGUUCAACAAGAUUGUGUAGUAUUCAUAGUAGCAGAUCUUUGCUGUACUUUAUUUAAGUCUAAUUUAAAACUCUUCAAGCUUAGGUGAUUGUUUGCUUUUUGUUUCAAAAAGUCAUUUGUUGAUGGUAUUUUGGGCUUUAUUUUUGAUAUACAUAUAUAUUAUAUAUAAAUAGAUACAAAAAACUGGACUGCACUUCAUGGACAAUGUAUUAUCCAAUCAGGCGUUAGGCGUAUUGAAUAAGCUGCACAAUCAUUAUAAGCAUACAGGUAUUAGAAAAAUAUUCUGCACAUGCCCAUUCACAAAAGGAGUCAUUGUAAAGUAUAAUGUAAUCAACUAAUGUUUUUUUCUCAUACUUUUGAUACUACUUGUAACUUAUGUCUUUUAGAAAGACAGUUGUCUGUAUGCUUUUUUCGUACUUUUAUCAGUGAUUGUACAUAUUUGUUAUAUUUUUG